AUGACGUGCUCCUCGUUCCUGCUGGGCCACUGCGCCGAGGUCGACCGCCUCUCACAGGCGGCCGCCGGUGGGGCGUCUUCCGCCGCCACCACCACCACCACUAUCGGUACCACCAGCUCCACCUCAGCCACCAGCGCCUCAGCCACCACUGUCACGACCGCUUCAGAGAGUCAGGCGACAACUUCUCCGCAGCCAGACGUCACCACCGACACACCAGUCAACGGCUGGGAAGGCACCUACAGGUUGCCAGAGGACGUGCAGCCGCUGCACUACGAGCUGCUGCUGAACCCCCAGCUGGAGGAGGCAACCUUCGUGGGCGCCGUGUCCAUAACGGUGCAGACGCAGCGCGCCAGGGGCUGGUUGGCGGUGCACCGCAAGGGCCUCAACAUCACGGAGAGCCGCAUGAUCAGGGUCCUGGACAGCGCCGAGGUGCCACUGCUCGAGCCCGUGGACUACACGGAGGGCGAGAUGUGGGUGCUGCAGCCGCGCUACGGCCAGAUCCUGGCGGGCACUUACCUGCUCAACUUCAUCUUCUUCGGGUCUCUCACCGACAGCAUCGUCGGCUUCUACCGCAGCACCUACUCGCAGGACGGAUCUCGCAGGAAUAUUGCCACUUCAAAGUUCCAGCCAACAUAUGCCAGACAAGCAUUCCCAUGCUUUGAUGAGCCAGGCUUUAAGGCGAGGUUUUCUGUACGAAUUGUACGUCCCACUGAGGGCUACCAUGCUCUCUCCAACAUGAAUGUUGAGAGUGAACUGAAUGAUUCUCCAGAUACUGGUUUCACAACAGUCCAGUUUGCAGAGAGUGUUCCCAUGGUAACGUACCUUGCUUGCUUCAUUGUGAGUGACUUCCAGCGUCUAGCCCCUGUGUCUAUAUUGAAUGCAGAUGGCACUACAUUUCCAUUUAGUGUCUACUCAAGUCCUGCCCAAGUCAGCAAGACAGCAUUUGCACUGGAAGACGGGGUUGCAAUUACAAAAUACUAUAUCAGCUACUUUGGCAUUGGCUACCCACUGCCAAAGCUUGAUAUGGUUGCCAUUCCUGAUUAUGUGUCCGGAGCGACAGAGCAUUGGGGUGUCAUCACAUUCCGGGAGACUAACCUGUUGUAUGAUCAGACUAUCAGCUCUGUUUCUAACAAGCAGAGAGUUGCAACAGUCAUUGCUCAUGAGCUGGCACAUAUGUGGUUUGGAAACCUCAUGACAUUGAAAUGGUGGGAUGACUUGUGGCUGAAUGAAGGUUUUGCUACCUACAUAGAGUACAAGGGCGUCAAUGCAGCACAUUCUGAGUGGGGUAUGCUGGACCAGUUCCUUGUGGAUGACCUGCACCCUGUGUUUGUACUGGAUGCAACUCUGAGUUCACGUCCAAUUGUGAAGGAGGUCUCUACCCCUGAUCAGAUUACUGAAAUAUUUGAUGUUAUUUCAUAUAACAAGGGGGCAGCAGUCAUUCGCAUGCUGGAAGACUUCCUUGGGUCGGAAGCUUUCCGGCUAGGCAUCUCAGCUUUUCUGAAGAAGUAUGAGUUUGACAAUGCUGUGACAUCAGACCUUUGGACAGUACUUCAAGAGCAAGUGACUGAUGAUGGUAUUGAAGUAGCUUCAGUGAUGGAUACAUGGACACGUCAAAUGGGCUACCCUGUAGUUGAAGUACUUCGUGGCUUAGAGUCAGGUUCACGCUUUCUCAGCCAGAAGAGAUUUCUCUCAAACCCCAAGGCUACCUACAAUGCUAGUGACACUCCAUAUGGAUAUAAGUGGGCAAUACCCAUCACUUACAUCACUUCAGACAAUCCUACGGAGACUAAGAGGGUGUGGUUGCAGCCAACAGAAACACAAAAGAAACUGGAAAUUGGUAAUGCUACUUGGCUAAAGCUGAAUAGACAUGAAGUUGGCUACUAUAGAGUGAACUAUGACUACGAAGAUUGGAAUGCUCUUAUUUCAUUAUUGAAAACUAAUACUCGGUCACUGGAUACUGCUGACAGAGCACAUUUGUUGGAUGAUGCCUUCAGUCUUGCAGCUGCAGGGCAACUCAGGUAUGAAACAGCCCUGGAGCUCACACGAUAUUUGAGCAAUGAGACAGAGUAUGUGCCAUGGGUUGUUGCUACCACACACUUCACCAAGAUGUUCCACCUCCUACAGGGAUCUGAUGAAGCCCAUGGCUUACUCAAGGUUUAUUUGCAGGAACAGAUAGAAGAUGUUUAUAAUUCUCUAGCUUGGAAUGUUAAUGACACUGAUGAGCAUCUACAGAGGAGACUGCGAAUAGUGGCUCUAGAGUUAGCAUGUCUAGCAGCACUGCCAGCGUGUCUACAACAGGUGCAAGAUGAAUUUGAUGGUUGGUUAGUCCAACCAGACUACAGACCCCAUCCUGAUCUGAGAACACUUGUGUACCAUUAUGGAAUGUCAGCAAAUGGGUCAUUUGAAAGCUGGGAACAGAUGUGGCAAUUAUAUGUUGCUGAGACAGACGCACAGGAAAGAACAAAACUACUGUAUGGGCUUGCAGGGAUCCAAAAUGAGGAGGCAAUUCGCAGGUACCUCAACUACACAAAGGAUGAGAGCUUGAUAAGAUCACAGGACUUCUUUACAGUCAUUGGCUACAUCUCGGGCAAUCCUGUGGGCAGUCAAAUUAUUUGGGAUUUCUAUAGAAAUGAGUGGGAAUACUUGGUGGAGAGAUUCACACUGAACAAUAGAUACUUAGGCCAGUUAAUUCGGACUAUAACAAAGUACUUUAGUUCACAAGAAAAACUCGAUGAGAUGAAAGCGUUCUUCAAAAAGUAUCCAGAGGCUGGUGCUGGAACAGCAGCACGCAGUCAGGCACUUGAGACAGUUGAAGGAAAUAUACAGUGGCUUAGUAGCUAUCAUGACACAAUCAAAAUGUGGCUUUCUGUGAAACCAAUUCCAUCUUGAAAAAUAAAUGCUGACAGUCUACGGAGCUUUAAGUGCUACAGACAUUAUGUCUACCACAUACAACAACUUAAGUAGUUGUUUAACUUUUAUUUAAAUAAAAAAAUUCAAAUGAACCUUGUAAAAAAGAAAUGUGAUGUUACCUGCUGCAGAUGAAACACAGUGUGUAAUGUAAAUAUGAUGUUUCAUUUGUGACUAUUGUCAGAGAAGUGCAGAUUCAAAACAUUUUACAAAUAUGUUUAAUUAUCAUACAGAUCAUAAAGACAUUUGAGAUGUAUCAAUGUCUUUGCAUCAGUGCUGCCUUCAGUGUUGUUAAAUAAUUCUGUAAAUAUUAUUGUACAUCAAUCAAUUUUGUUGUGAUUAUAUUUUUAUAUAAGCAAGUUAA